ACUACAUUCAGGGGCGGAGGGAGUUGCCUUAUUUCGAGUUGAUGCAGGUUCCCUCGGUUCGACUGGUUUACGCCCUUCUUCUGAAGAAAGCAGUCAGGCCUGGAAGGCUGGAAUUAAAAUUUAAUUCCUUCUACGGCGACUCUUGUCAAACAAUCCGCAAGCAAUUAGGAAUUCGAUUUUUGCGACCAGCUUCAUCUUUACCAGUCAAUGGAAAAAGGAAGAGCUCAAGAGGCUUUAAUUACAAAAAAGCCUAUGCAAAAGCUCUUGAAGAAGCCCUUCCAGAAUCCUCUCCAAUCUUCCUUGUUGCGGAUUAGCAAGAGACAGAUUCCGAGCUUAUUGAAUUUGUGUAUUGGAGUUGUCGGUAGAAAUUUAGAGGAUAUUAUCGAGGACUUGGCCGAUAUUGCCUCUAGUUUUCCCCCAAAUAUCAAGAUGAUAAUUGCAGCAGUUGCAAGGAGGAGGAAGUUAUUGAAUGACGGUGUCAUCAUGGCAUUAGCUGAAAGAUCAUGGGAAAUUCUUGAUAUAUCCGGUUCUGAUGUUUCUGAUUUCGGUCUCUUGGAAGUGGUAAAGACUUGCAAAUAUCUAAAAGCAGUAGAUAUAAGUCUGUGCAGCAAAGUUACAUCGGCAGGCGUUUCAGAACUCUUGCAGCGUUGUCGGUCCCUGGAAAUAUUGAGAUGGGGAGGGUGUCCAAGGAGUGAGUACACUGCCCACAGAUGUGUGAGUUUGUUGAAACCAUGUCUCAGAGAUGUAGAGGGCGAGUCUUGGGAGGAAGUUGACGCCUCAGAAUUAGCUUAUGGUGCUCCGUCAUUGUGUUGGCUAGUGUGGCCAGAGAUUGAGAAGGAUUUGUUGGAUGAUCUGCAAGUUGAAUGCCCUCGCAUUAUAAUCAACCCAAGGGACUCCCCUUUGGGCUUCAGGGGUUUUCAUGUUCCUCGUGAGGCAUCACUGGAUGCGGUGUUGGAUGAUCCAAUAGUUGAAGAUGUCGACCCUAAAACUUGGGCAGUUUCAAUCAUCGCACACAGGGUUCCUUUGAUGUUGGUCUCAGACCCAGAGGAGCUGUCUAUUGCAGAAAAAUUUAGACUAGCAUUCUUGGAAAGAGACAACCGGCUAGCACCAAAGCGAGCAAAAAAUGCCCGGCAACGUCAGCGGCGGGCUGAGAGGAAAUUGGUGACAUCGAGUACAAAUGCGAAGGCAUUGGCUCUAGCUUCGCAAGCAACAAAAUCGUUGAACAUACGGGGCUAGCAAUUAUCUACUGUACUUUGGUUCAAUUUUACAUUUUUGUGUUCAUUGUUCGUUACUCUUUUAUACGGAGUACUUUUCUUUAUAAGAAGAGGCUUAUAUAGACAUUCUGAGACAAAUAGAAUGUAUGACUACAAUAUAAUGAAGAUAUACCAGCAAGAUCAUCUAAAAACAUACUACAAGAGC